AUGGCGCCGACACUACAGGACCCUGAUGGAGUUGAUAUGGUCCAACAACCUCCCAUUUCCUUUCGGCCAUCCCGAGAGUCUGGGCGAGACCGGCUGUCUUUCGAGUUAGGCAUUCUAGACACAGCUGGAAGGUCUUCGUCACAGCUUUUGAACGACGACGUCUCCAGGGACAAUGCACAGCACGCCUUCACAGAGGCGCCAGAACCUGUUGCAGAACCACUCAUCCAUGAAAGUUCGGCGAGCUCGAAUGCGGCUGUUGAAUCCGACCACAAGGCUUCACAAGCACCGAAGCUUGGACUGGUGGCCCCGAUUUCCAUGGCUGUUGCUUUUGUUGCUGGUAUAGCCUUUUCCGCCGGUCAUCAUUUCUAUUACUCCUGGCUAGACGGUCAAGUCGUUGGAAGCACUGAUACGCAACAAUACUCACUUCGAUUUGGCAAUGCUUUCGUCUUUCUCGCUAAAUGCUGUUUCUGCGCUUCUGCAAACGUUGCAUUUACCCAAUGGCUGUGGAGAGCCCUCCGGCAGAAAUACAUCAGCACCAAAGGACUAGACGCUGCAUUCUCUGCAAAUGAGACGCUCCUGUCUUUCUUUGAUUUGGAUAUGCUUUCCAAGGUUAAGAUUGGCGCAAUUUUGGCUGCUGCUACAUGGUGUAUACCGCUUAUCGCCCUUGUAACACCUGCUACGCUUUCCGGCUUCGUAGUCGCGCCUGUUCCCAUGCCUCUGUUCCCGCAAUAUCUUCCGUUAAACUCUACCGGAUUUAAUGGACUAGACUCGAGCCCGCAGCUAUUAAGAUGGACCACUAUGCAACGAAUUGCUGCGCUCAUGUUAGCUGAGCAAUACAUAACCGACAUUUCGCCCCGAUUUGGAAAAUUAAUACUAUCAACUGCCACCACUGGGCAACAGUUCGCCAUUAGUCAGCCUUUCUCAAACGCAAAUUCGAAUUAUUUGGUAGACUUUUAUGCACCUAGGAUCAAGUGCGACAAGUCAUCGGCCGAUGUUGCAUACAAUAUGACUGUUGCUGCAGCCCGGUACCAACCCGGAAGUGGCUAUGGCUAUUACAAUACGUCCAAAAUGAACUUUACAAAGCUAGAGUACUUCCAAUCUGACUUUGGAUACUACAGGCAAAUCGGCUAUUUUGCUAUAAUCCCAUUUAGAGACGUUUUCAACGUCAAUAAAAUAUCCAACACAAAAGAAGAAGGAUUAUGGAUCAAAACGUCCAACAUAAAAGAAGAAGAAUUUGGGUUCAAUUCUGGGGAAAGCAAUGAGCUGAAUAUUGUCAUUAGGGACCAUGAUCCGGACACAAAUGCAACUGUCCCAAAGUUUAUUACUUGUCAACUAUGGAACGCAAGUUGGACCGUCAACAUCACAUUCCGCGACAAUGUCCAAAACGUGCAGGUAAUGGGAGUAGAAUUGCUAAACAGAACUACUUUACAACUUCGGAGUUGGGAUCCAUCUUUACCCUCCUCCCUUGGAUACAACAUGAACCAAGCUUUAUACACAGCAUACUUCCUUGGUAUAGCAAAGAACCUCCUAGGAUAUAUAAUAGGCAUUAUGAGUCCACCACGAGGGACUUUCUUAAGUUACGGCUCGGAUAUCCAGAAGACUGUCCUUGCAGGCUCUACCGAGUAUGUUGCAAUGAUGCGAAACAAGGGCGACGAGUGGAAUGUUUCCCUACAGGAGUCACACAAGCCUCUUGCGGCUAUGAUCGAAGAGUUCAGUCAGAACGUAACGCUAAAUAUGAUGGCCGAUAACUAUUUCAGGUAUGUAUAA